AAAAGGACUAGUAGAGGCAGGUCCCAGAUGGAUCCACCCCAGACUUUUCAAAGAAGACACCUCCUUCAUCUUGUAUUCUAAAACCUUGCAAGUUCAGGAAGAAACCUUCUGCAUCCACAUUGAAAACCUGACACAAUGUAUGCAGCAGGCUCAGUGUGAGUGAACUGGAGGCUUCUCCACAACAUGACCCAAAGAGGCAUUGCAGGUCCUGUUUGCAACCUGAAGUUUGUGACUCUCCUGGUUGCCCUAAGUUCAGAACUUCUAUUUCUGGGAGCUGGAGUACAACUUCAAGACAAUGGGUAUAAUGGAUUGCUCAUUGCAAUUAAUCCUCAGGUACCUGAGAAUCAGAACCUCAUCUCAAACAUUAAGGAAAUGAUAACUGAAGCUUCAUUUUACCUAUUUAAUGCUACCAAGAGAAGAGUAUUUUUCAGAGAUAUAAAGAUUUUAAUACCUGCCACAUGGAAAGCUAAUAAUUACAGCAAAAUAAAACAAGAAUCAUAUGAAAAGGCAAAUGUCAUAGUAACUGACUGGCAUGGGGCACAUGGAGAUGAUCCAUACACCCUGCAGUACAGAGGAUGUGGAAAAGGGGGAAAAUACAUUCAUUUCACACCUAAUUUCCUACUGAAUGAUAACUUAACAGCUGGCUACGGAUCACGAGCUCUUUCUUCCACAGGCCGAGUGUUUGUCCACGAAUGGGCCCAUCUCCGUUGGGGUGUAUUUGAUGAGUAUAACAAUGACAAACCUUUCUAUAUAAAUGGGCGAAAUCAAAUUAAAGUGACAAGGUGUUCAUCUGACAUCACAGGCAUUUUUGUGUGUGAAAAAGGUCCUUGCCCCCAAGAAAACUGUAUUAUUAGUAAGCUUUUUAAAGAAGGAUGCACCUUUAUCUACAAUAGCACCCAAAAUGCAACUGCAUCAAUAAUGUUCAUGCAAAGUUUAUCUUCUGUGGUUGAAUUUUGUAAUGCAAGUACCCACAACCAAGAAGCACCAAACCUACAGAACCGGAUGUGCAGCCUCAGAAGUGCAUGGGAUGUAAUCACAGACUCCGCUGACUUUCACCACAGCUUUCCCAUGAAUGGGACUGAGCUUCCACCUCCUCCCACAUUCUCGCUUGUACAGGCUGGUGACAAAGUGGUCUGUUUAGUGCUGGAUGUGUCCAGCAAGAUGGCAGAGGCUGACAGACUCCUUCUACUACAACAAGCCGCAGAAUUUUAUUUGAUGCAGAUUGUUGAAAUUCAUACCUUCGUGGGCAUUGCCAGUUUCGAUAGCAAAGGAGAGGUCAGAGCUCAGCUACAUCAAAUUAACAGCAAUGAUGAUCGAAAGUUGCUGGUUUCAUAUCUGCCCACCACUGUAUCAGCUAAAACAGAAGUCAGCAUUUGUUCAGGGCUUAAGAAAGGAUUUGAGGUGGUUGAAAAACUGAAUGGAAAAGCUUAUGGCACUGUGAUGGUAUUAGUGACCAGUGGAGACGAUAAGCUUAUUGGCAAUUGCUUACCCACUGUGCUCAGCAGUGGUUCAACAAUUCACUCCAUUGCCCUGGGUUCAUCUGCAGCCCCAAAUCUGGAGGAAUUAUCACGUCUUACAGGAGGUUUAAAGUUCUUUGUUCCAGAUAUAUCAAACUCCAAUAGCAUGAUUGAUGCUUUCAGUAGAAUUUCCUCUGGAACUGGAGACGUUUUCCAGCAACGUAUUCAGCUUGAAAGCACAGGUGAAAAUGUUAAACCUCACCAUCAAUUGAAAAACACAGUGACUGUGGAUAGCACUGUCGGCAAUGACACUAUCUUUCUAGUUACGUGGCAGACAAGUGGUCCUCCUGAGAUUAUGUUAUUUGAUCCUGAUGGAAGAAAAUACUACACAGAUAAUUUUAUCACCAAUCUAACUUUUCGGACAGCUAGUCUUUGGAUUCCAGGAACAGCUAAGCCUGGGCACUGGACUUACACACUGAACAAUACCCACCAUUCUCUGCAAGCCCUGAAAGUGGCAGUGACCUCUCGUGCCUCCAACUCAGCUGUGCCCCCAGCCACUGUGGAAGCCUUUGUGGAAAGAGACAGCCUCCAUUUUCCCCAGCCCGUGAUGAUUUAUGCCAAUGUGAGACAGGGAUUCUAUCCCAUUCUUAAUGCCACUGUCACUGCCACAGUUGAGCCAGAGACUGGAGAUCCUGUUACACUGAGACUUCUCGAUGAUGGAGCAGGUGCUGAUGUUAUAAAAAAUGAUGGAAUUUACUCGAGGUAUUUUUUCUCCUUUGCUGUAAAUGGUAGAUAUAGCUUGAAAGUGCAUGUCAAUCACUCUCCAAGCAUAAGCACACUAGCCCACUCUAUUCCAGGGAGUCAUGCUAUGUAUGUACCAGGUUACACAGCAAACGGUAAUAUUCAGAUGAAUGCUCCAAGGAAAUCAGUAGGCAGAAAUGGGGAGGAGCAAAAAUGGGGCUUUAGCCGAGUCAGCUCAGGAGGCUCCUUUUCAGUGCUGGGAGUUCCAGCUGGCCCCCACCCUGAUAUCUUUCCACCAUGCAAAAUUAUUGACCUGGAAGCUGUAAACGUAGAAGAGGAAUUGACCCUAUCUUGGACAGCACCUGGAGAAGACUUUGAUCAGGGCCAGGCUACAAGCUAUGAAAUAAGAAUGAGUAAAAGUCUAGAGAAUAUCCAAGAUGACUUUAACAAUGCAAUUUUAGUAAAUACAUCAAAGCGAAAUCCUCAGCAAGCUGGCAUCAGGGAGAUAUUUACGUUCUCACCUCAAAUUUCCACAAAUGGACCUGAACAUCAGCCAAAUGGAGAAACACAUGAAAGCCACAGAAUUUAUGUUGCAAUACGAGCAAUGGAUAGGAACUCCUUAAAGUCUGCUAUAUCUAACAUUGCCCAGGCAUCUCUGUUUACUCCCCCCAAUUCUGAUCCUGUACCUGCCAGAGAUUAUCUUAUAUUGAAAGGAGUUUUAACAGCAAUGGGUUUGAUAGGAAUCAUUUGCCUUAUUAUAGUUGUGACACAUCAUACUUUAAACAGAAAAAAGAGAGCAGACAAGAAAGAGAAUGGAACAAAAUUAUUAUAAACAAAUAUGCAAAAUGUCUUCCUUCUUAGAUAUAAGACCCAUGGCCUUCGACUACAAAAACAUACUAACAAAGUCAAAUUUACAUCAAAACUGUAUUAAAAUGCAUUGAGUUUUUGUAUACAAUACAGAUAAGAUUUUUACGUGGUAGAUCAACAAAUUCUUUUUGGGGGGAGAUUAGAAAACCCUUAGACUUUGGCUAUGAACAAAUAAUAAAAAUUAUUCUUUAAAGUAAUGUCUUUAAAGGCAAAGGCAAGGGUAAAGUUGGACCAGUGUCAAGAAAAGUUUGUUUUGUUGAGGUGGAAAAAUAGCCCCAAGUAGAGAAAAGGAGGGUAGAUCUGCAUUAUAACUGUCUAUAUGAAGCAAUCAUUUAGUUACUUUGAUUAAUUUUUCUUUUCUCCUUAUCUACACAGAACAGGUUGCUUGUUUACAACUGAAGAUCAUGCUAUAUUUUAUAUAUUUUAUAUAUGAAAUAUAUAUUAUAUAUUUUAUAUAUGAAGCCCCUAUUCCAAAGCUCUUUACCUCUUGCUAUUUUGUUACAUAUAUUACAGAUGAAAUCUCACUGCUAGUGCUCAGAGAUCUUUUUUUCACUGUAAGAGGUAACCUUUAAAAAUAUGGGUAUUACCCUUGUCUCUUCAUACCAGUUUUGUAAAAAAGUCUAUUGAAUUUAUUUGUUUAUAAGUUUCUACUCCCAUCAAAGCAGCUUUCUAAGUUACUGCCUUGGGUAUUAUUGUAUGAUAGUUAUAGCCCUUAUAAUGCCUUAACUAAGGAAGAAAAGACGUUAUUCUGAGUUUGUUUUAAUACAUAUAUGAACAUAUAGUUUUAUUCAAUUUCAACCAAAGAAAAGGUGAGCAGAGAGAUACCAACCUUUGGAAAUGAUUAGCUGGCUCUGGUUUUUGGUUAAAUAAGAGUCUUGAAUCCUUUCUCCAUCAAGAGUUACUUACCAAGGGCAGGGGAAGGGGGAAAUAGAGGUCACAAGGAAAUAAAAAUCAUCUUUCCUCUUUAAUUUUACUCCUUCUUCUUAUUUUUUAAAAAGAUUAUCAAACAAUAAAAUCAUUUGCCUUU